CUGACCUUUGACACGGGUAACUGAAGACUGGAUGAGACGGUGUCUGUUCAGUGUGUCUCCUGCAAAAUGAUUAACAUCUGUCUUGUGUCAGAAUCAGGCUCUGUAAGUACUGCUACGUGCAACAGGCCUACUUUCUCCUCCAUUAAUCAUCUGGUUGAGAACAGGUCUUAUCGGCGAGACACUUUGCAUGCUUUACAUUUACUUCGUGAAAACACGUCUGACCUCGUGCCAAGGACACUUUGAUUAAUUGUGUGAUUGGCUGAAGGUAAUUUCACUUGACGGUGUCCCUUGGAAGCUAUAAAAUGAUGCAGGGUAAAAUACCUCUUCUUGAAGGACACACGAAGCAUGUAUACAUACACUGUAUAUGUAUAUGUAAUUGUGAGUGCUUUCCCUCAUGGCUCUUUCUUGCUCUUUGCUGGUACCGGGUAAUCUUUAACUAUGAAGUUUUUCAUUAGGCUUACUGUGUUUUAUCCCUUCACCUUGAAUGGAGGUGGAAUGUAGCAGGAACAAGCAGAGGGUGGUCAACGUUUUAUGUUAGGCUGAUUACUACGGUAAAAUCUUCAUGCAGCCUACGGCUCCCCUCAGCUCAGCAAGAAGAUUACUAACCAUGGGGUCACUGUGGCACAGCCUAUGUUGCCAUUUUUACUCUCACUUUAAGUUCUGAUUUCCUCUCCUUUUUAGGAAAAACGUAAAUUUCAAUAAAAGUUUUAAAGGGAAAGUUCUUUCACUUUGGUCAUGAAGGGUUCGGCUUUGUGGGUUAUUGUGGAAUGUGCCUGCAGAGGUUUUGGCAUCUCGACUGCUACAGUGCUUUGUGCAGUGGGCAUAGAGACACUGAGACAGGGAGAGUUCCAGAGCUUGGCCGUCUAUCUCCUGAUUUCUUCAGUGUUAAUAAUGCUGUGUGAAGUUGCCUUUUUCAUUGAUGCUCUCCUGGCAAUGUGCCUCUCUUGUUCACCCACAAAGCGGUUCUUCGUCGUUUGGAAGAAGCUGGCCAAAGUUGGAGGGUUCCAGAAAUUUCUAUAUUACACAAUGAUGUCCAUAAUGUGUUUCCUGCAUCCGGUGCUUGCAUGGCACGCUGUAAUACCAGGCAUGAUGCUGCUAGUGACUGGAUUCUUGAAUUUUAUCCUAAGUAAAAAUAAAAAAUCUGAGCCACCUAAAUUCCAGUCCAGUGCUUUCAAUGACCCAACUCAAUCUUCUGUCAGUUUCACAGACAUGGGAGACACUGAACAGACAUUCCCUUUCUUCCACAUCAUUUCAGGCAAAGGAGCAUCUGUUUUUCUCAACAAUAGCCGAUCACAUGGUAUCACAGACAGCACUCGGUCUAUGCUUGAGGAGGAUCAGUCAUUAAAGAAAGCCCACCACAAAAAAAAAAACACAAACAUGAGAAAUUCACACUUUAUAGAGAGUAUCAAGGAGGAUGAUUUUGACACGGAGGAACUGGAGGAAACCUCGUCAGAAAAAGCACCAAUAAUAAGACUAUAAAGGAGUGAUCUAAAACGUGAAAGAUGUCCAGUAAAUAAAAAAACACAUCAAAAUCAUAUUCAUUGUUUUGCGUGAGCAUUUCUGAAAUAAUUCUUUAUUGUUUUUAAUUAUUAUUAUAGCAAGAGUAAUAAUAUUUAGUAAUAAUAUCAAUAAAAUGUAAUAUGCCACCCAUA